AAAUUGCAUGCAAAAGGAAGCAAGCAGCUUACUCCGCCAGUCCCUUGUGAGGCUUAGAGUCUCAGACACUUAAGUGGGGAGGUGGUAGCGCGGAAAGGCGUGGAGGGGGGCUGAGCGGGCUCGGGGUUCGCCCGGAUUCCGGGGGCUGCGGGGCCGGGCGCCGGGCGGCGGAGGGAGGAGGCAGGGGAUGCGGGGAGUGGUGGGGGAGUCUCCUUAGGAAGUGAGUGUGCGCGCGCGCUCGUGGGGAGAUGAGGCAGCUGCUGCGUCCGAUUGACCGCCAGAGAUACGACGAGAACGAGGACUUGUCGGACGUGGAGGAGAUCGUCAGCGUCCGCGGCUUCAGCCUGGAGGAGAAGCUGCGCAGCCAGCUGUACCAGGGGGACUUCGUGCACGCCAUGGAGGGCAAAGAUUUCAACUAUGAGUACGUACAGAGAGAAGCUCUCAGGGUACCCCUGGUAUUUCGAGAAAAGGACGGACUAGGAAUUAAGAUGCCCGACCCCGAUUUCACAGUUCGGGACGUCAAGCUCCUUGUGGGGAGCCGGCGGCUGGUGGACGUGAUGGACGUGAACACCCAGAAGGGCACGGAGAUGAGCAUGUCCCAGUUUGUGCGCUACUAUGAGACACCCGAGGCGCAGCGGGACAAGCUGUACAAUGUGAUCAGCCUGGAGUUCAGCCACACCAAGCUGGAGCACCUGGUCAAGCGUCCCACCGUGGUGGACCUGGUGGACUGGGUGGACAACAUGUGGCCCCAGCACCUGAAGGAGAAGCAGACAGAGGCCACCAAUGCCAUCGCAGAGAUGAAGUACCCCAAAGUGAAGAAGUACUGUCUGAUGAGCGUGAAGGGCUGCUUCACUGACUUCCACAUCGACUUUGGAGGUACCUCCGUGUGGUACCAUGUGUUCCGGGGCGGGAAGAUCUUCUGGCUGAUCCCGCCCACCCUGCACAACUUGGCAUUGUACGAGGAGUGGGUGCUGUCGGGCAAGCAGAGUGACAUCUUCCUGGGGGAUCGCGUGGAGCGAUGCCAAAGAAUUGAGCUGAAACAGGGCUACACGUUCUUCAUCCCUUCCGGUUGGAUCCAUGCGGUCUACACCCCUGUGGAUUCCCUGGUGUUCGGCGGAAACAUCCUGCACAGCUUUAACGUGCCCAUGCAGCUGCGGAUCUACGAGAUCGAGGACAGAACCCGGUGUCCCUGCAGCGUCACACGGUCGGAGCCUGUGGGGACUUGUGGAUCUCCAACCCCCGUGGAUGGAAUUGGACCCAUUCAUAAGAUCUGGAAGGCCCCACCCAGGAGGAUCUGUGUGCUGCUUUUUCUCCGCCAAGUGAAAGCAGCCUUCCCAGCAAAGGUGCAGCCCAAGUUCCGGUACCCCUUCUACUAUGAGAUGUGCUGGUAUGUCUUGGAGAGAUAUGUGUACUGCGUGACCCAGCGCUCCUACCUCACGCAGGAGUACCAGAGAGAGUCCAUGCUCAUUGACGCCCCACGGAAGGCCAGCGUAGACGGCUUCUCAUCCGAUUCCUGGCUGGAGAUGGAGGAGGAGUCCUGUGAGCAGCAGCCCCAGGAGGAGGAGGAGGAGGAAAAGGAGGCGGUGGAAGGGGCGCAGAGGACCCCCAAGGCCUGCACGGAGGGCCCCGCCUCGCCGGGCGCCACCGCCUCGGAGGAGCAGGAGACGCCGCCGGGGAAGAAGCCCCGGGCGCCCGCCGCGCGCUUCCUCAAGAGGACCCUGUCCAACGAGUCGGAGGACAGCGUGAAGUCGGCCACCGCGCCCGGCGACUGCCCCAAGACGCCCACCGGCUCGCCCGCCGCCGAGGUGGCCGCCAAGUGGACGCACCUCACCGAGUUCGAGCUCAAGGGGCUGAAGGCGCUGGUGGAGAAGCUCGAGUCCCUGCCCGAGAACAAGAAGUGCGUCCCGGAGGGCAUCGAGGACCCGCAGGCGCUGCUGGAGGGCGUCAAGAACGUCCUGAAGGAGCACGCAGAGGACGACCCCAGCCUGGCCAUCACCGGAGUCCCUGUGGUCAGUUGGCCAAAGAAGACUCCGAAGAACCGGGCUGUGGGUCGGCCCAAGGGCAAGCCGGGCCCGGCCUCCGCAGUGAAAUUAGCCACCAAUCGCACGACGGCAGGAGCUCGCCGGCGCCGGACGCGAUGCCGCAAGUGCGAGGCGUGCCUGCGGACAGAGUGUGGGGAGUGCCACUUCUGCAAGGACAUGAAGAAGUUCGGAGGCCCCGGGCGGAUGAAGCAGAGCUGCAUCAUGCGACAGUGCAUCGCGCCAGUGCUUCCCCACACUGCCGUGUGCCUCGUGUGUGGCGAGGCGGGGAAAGAGGACACAGUGGAGGAGGAGGAGGGCAAGUUCAACCUCAUGCUCAUGGAGUGCUCUAUCUGCAAUGAGAUCAUCCACCCCGGAUGCCUUAAGAUCAAGGAGUCAGAGGGUGUGGUCAACGACGAGCUUCCAAACUGCUGGGAGUGUCCCAAGUGCAACCACGCCGGCAAGACCGGGAAAGCCUACAAGCAAAAGCGUGGCCCUGGCUUUAAGUACGCCUCCAACCUGCCCGGCUCCCUGCUCAAGGAGCAGAAGAUGAACCGGGACAACAAGGAGGGGCCAGAACCAGCCAAGCGCAGGAGCGAGUGUGAGGAGGCGCCCAGGCGCAGGUCAGACGAGCACCCCAAGAAGGUGCCAGCCGACAGCAUCCUACGCCGCAAGUCGGACGACGUGCACCUGAGGAGGAAGCGGAAAUACGAAAAGCCCCAGGAGCUGAGCGCCCGCAAGCGGGCCUCGACGCUUCAAACGUCCCCCGGGUCCUCUCACCUCUCGCCAAGGCCCCCUCUAGGCAGCAGCCUCAGCCCCUGGUGGAGAUCCAGCCUCACUUACUUCCAGCAGCAGCUAAAGCCUGGCAAGGAAGACAAGCUUUUCCGGAAAAAGCGGAGGUCCUGGAAGAACGCUGAGGACCGGAUGCCUCUGGCCACCAAGCCUCUCCGGCGCUUCAAGCAGGAGCCAGAGGACGAUGUGCCCGAGGUACCCCCCAAAAGCAGGGACAGUGACCACUCCCGCUCCAGCUCGCCCACUGCGGGGCCCAGCACCGAAGGCACCGAGGGCUCGGAGGAGAAGAAGAAGGUGAAGAUACGCCGCAAGCGGAGGCUCCCCAGCAAGGAGCUGAGCAAGGAGCUGAGCAAGGAGCUCAACCACGAGAUCCAGAAGACGGAGAGCAGCCUGGCCCAUGAGAACCACCAGCCCAUCAAGUCGGAGCCCGAGAGUGAGAAUGAGGAGCCUCGCCGGCCGCUGGGCCUCUGUGAGCGCCCCCACCGCUUCAGCAAGGGGCUCAAUGGCACCCCCCGGGAGUUGCGGCAGCCACUGGGGCCCAGCCUGCGAAGCCCGCCCCGAGUCCUCUCCCGGCCCCCACCCGCCACGUCCCCGCCCAAGUGCAUCCAGAUGGAGCGCCACGUGAUCCGGCCGCCCCCCAUCAGCCCUCCCCCCGACUCACUGCCCCUGGACGAUGGGGCAGCCCACGUCAUGCACAGGGAGGUGUGGAUGGCCGUCUUCAGCUACCUCAGCCACCGGGACCUGUGUGUGUGCAUGCGGGUCUGCAGGACCUGGAACCGCUGGUGCUGCGAUAAGCGGUUGUGGACCCGCAUUGACCUGAACCACUGCAAGUCCAUCACGCCCCUGAUGCUGAGCGGCAUCAUCCGGCGCCAGCCUGUCUCCCUCGACCUCAGCUGGACCAACAUCUCCAAGAAGCAGCUGAGCUGGCUCAUCAACCGGCUGCCCGGGCUCCGAGACUUGGUGCUGGCGGGCUGCUCAUGGAUCGCGGUCUCCGCGCUCUGCAGCUCCAACUGUCCACUGCUCCGGACCCUGGAUGUCCAGUGGGUAGAAGGGCUCAAGGACGCCCAGAUGCGGGAUCUCUUGUCACCGCCCACAGAUAAUAGGCCUGGUCAGAUGGACAAUCGAAGUAAGCUCCGGAACAUCAUGGAGCUGCGCCUGGCGGGCCUAGACAUCACGGAUGCGUCCCUGCGGCUGAUCAUCCGCCACAUGCCCCUGCUCUCCAAGCUGCACCUCAGUUACUGUAACCACGUCACUGACCAGUCCAUCAACCUGCUCACCGCCGUGGGCACCACCACCCGGGACUCCCUGACGGAGAUCACCCUGUCAGACUGCAAUAAAGUCACUGACCAGUGCCUGUCCUUCUUCAAGCGCUGUGGGAACAUCUGUCACAUUGACCUGAGGUACUGCAAGCAAGUCACCAAGGAGGGCUGUGAACAGUUCAUCGCUGAGAUGUCCGUGAGCGUCCAGUUUGGGCAAGUCGAAGAAAAGCUCCUGCAGAAACUGAGUUAGUCCAAGGACAAGUGUAAAUACGGGGUGGGCAGGGCGGCGGGCAGGAACAACUUCGGCCGCCGUGGGCUUUGCCGCCAUUGGAGCUCGGGGUGCAGAAGACAGAGCGACCCCAUGUGCGGUGUCUCCAGAGGCCGCUCGCAGGGACUGGCACAGGGCUUCGACGGCAGGGUCUCCGGAAGCGUUUCUGUUCGGAUACCUAGUUCCUUGCAGAGUCAAGGGUUUGGGUGUCAACAUAUUGUGGACCACGCACCACAUCCGCUGCCAUCCUGACACAUUUUUCGGUUUUGUUACAUCUUACAUUAUGCAGAACUAUUUUUGUACAAAUUGUUUAAAAGUUAUUUAUGCAAGGUUUGAAUGCAUACCAGUGUUUUUAUUGUUUUGAGAUUGCCAACCUUCCUGGUUUCCUUCUAGUAGGAGAGAACUUAACCUGUACUUCAUCAACCCAGGUGUGCCCAGCCCCGAGCCGCGGCUGAGGCCUCCGCUUAAAAGCAUGCUUAGCCAGAGGCCGGCCCGGCACUCAGGAAGUCACAUGCGCAUGUUGUGGAUAGGUCUGAGUCCCAGUCACCUGAGACUCGCUGCCAAGUUCCUUCCAUAGAAAAGUCUCCUUUCCCUCCGAUCUGACCAUUGAAACUCCAGCCAUUGCACUCAGGAGGGGCUGCCCCAGCAUGAGCACUCCCACUUCACAUCCACCCCACUGCUCCCGUGAGCCGAAGAGCAGUGACCACGUCCCGCGGAGGCUCUUGCCCUCGGGUUCUCUCCUUUGAAGCGAGUUGAGUUCUCAUCUAGGUUCAUGAGCUGGCUGUCGCUAUCAUGAAGUUCUGCGUCCUGAAGUGCCAUUGUCUCUGGUGGUUAUUUCCUACACCUUCCCCGACGUGGUUUUACCUUUGUUAAAUUUGUAUAAACAAUUGUGUAAAAAAGC